UAAACAGUCCAACCUAACAAGCUCUUACAGAUAACUACUCAGAUUUCAAUCUUUUCUGGGUUUUAUAAUUGGUACUACCGCAGUCUCUAUCCAGCUUUAAGGAACUGAAACUCACACAGUCACUGUGACCGAGAGCAGAAAUGGAGCAGAACCAGCUGGACCCAGAAACUUUCUCCUGUUCCAUCUGUCUGGAUCUACUGAAGGAUCCGGUGACGAUUCCCUGUGGACACAGCUACUGUAUGAAGUGUAUUAAAACCCAGUGGGAUGAAGAGGAUCAGAAGGGAAUCCACAGCUGCCCUCAGUGCAGGGAGACAUUCACACCGAGGCCUGUGCUAAAGAAGAACACCAUGCUAGCAGCUUUAGUGGAGCAGAUGAAGAAGACUGGACUCCAAGCUGCUGCUGCUGACCACUGCUAUGCUGGACCUGAAGAUGUGGCCUGUGAUUUCUGCACUGGAAGAAAACUGAAAGCCAUCAAGUCCUGUCUGGUCUGUCUGGUUUCUUAUUGUAAGAAUCACCUCCAACCUCACCUUGAUGUCCCUGCAAUGAAGAAACACAAGCUGGUGGAGCCGAACAAGAACCUCCAGGAGAACAUCUGCUCUAAGCACGAUGAGGUAAUGAAGAUGUUCUGCCGCACUGAUCAGAAGUGUAUCUGUUAUCUUUGCUCAGUGGAGGAACAUAAAGGUCAUGACUCAGUGUCAGCUGCAACAGAAAGGACUGAGAGGCAGAGAGAGCUGGAGGAGAGACGAGGAAACAUCCAGCAGAGAAUCCAGGACAGAGAGGAAGAUGUGAAGCUGCUUCAACAGGAGGUGGAGGCCAUCAAUCACUCUGCUGAUAAAACAGUGGAGGACAGUGAGAAGAUCUUCACCCAGCUGAUCCGUCUCCUCCAGAAAAGAAGCUCUGAGGUGAAGCAGCAGAUCAGAUCCCAGCAGGAAACUGAAGUGAGUCGAGUCAAAGAUGUUCAGGAGAAGCUGGAGCAGGAGAUCACUGAGCUGAAGAGGAAAGACGCUGAGCUGGAGCAGCUCUCACACACAGAGGAUCACAACCAGUUUCUCCUCAACUACCCCUCACUGCCAGCACUCAGUGAGUCGACACACUCAUCCAGCAUCAACAUCCGUCCUCUGAGACACUUUGAGGACGUGACAGCAGCUGUGUCAGAGCUCAGAGACAAACUACAGGACGUCCUGAGAGACAAAUGGACAAACAUCUCACUGAUGGUCACUGAGGUGGAUGUUCUACUGUCAGAACCACAACCAGAACCAAAGACCAGAGCUGAGUUCUUGAAAUAUUCAUGUGAAAUUACACUGGAUCCAAACACAACAAACAAAAUGCUGAAACUAUCAGAGGGGAACAGGAAGGUGAGAUGGAUGAAAAACAGUCAGUCUUAUUCUAAUCAUCCAAACAGAUUCACUGAUAAAUUUCAAGUUCUGAGUAGAGAGAGUCUGACUGGACGUUGUUACUGGGAGGUGGAGUGGAGCGGGGAUGUUUAUGUAUCAGUCGCAUACAAGAAUAUUAGCAGAGCAGGAAUUGGCAAUGAUUGUGUAUUUGGAUAUAAUGACAAAUCUUGGGCUUUCCAUUGUAAUGGUUCUGAAUUUGGUCACAACAACAUCUGGACCUCCAUCUCAGGUCCAGUUUCCUCCAGACUAGGAGUGUACCUGGAUCACACAGCAGGUCUUCUGUCCUUCUACAGCGUCUCUGAAACCAUGACUCUCCUCCACAGAGUCCAGAACACAUUCACUCAGCCACUACUGGCUGGAGUUUGGGUUGGGAAUUAUUUUGGGUCUGGAUCCUCUGCAGAGUUCAUUAAACCCAACUAGAUUUCCUCUCUUCUCUCUGAUUACUGAUCAGGCUUCAUGGUUCUGCUGUUCUGUUCUUCUUCAUUUCUCUGGUUUAAAUGUAGUUCUUAGUCUCUGUGCUCCAGGAACCAUUAAUGAUCUCUGCUGAUGUUUUCUUUCAUUCUUAUAUGAAAUAUUUCUCCACCAGAAAAUCUUGUCUUCUCUGCGGUUCAGUAAUUUUUGCUUUAACAUGUGUAUUGAUGUAUUUGGAUUUUCUGAUUUUCUUCCACUGAUCUGCAGAACAAUCAUUCUUCUUGAUAUCAAAGUGAAAUGAUAUCUGUUGUCUUUAUUGUGAUCCCAUGAAGAAACUGAAACUAACAUCAACAGAGAAGUUAUGCUGCUUUGAAAUGUUUAGAUCUAGAUUAGAACAACAACUGGCUUCUGUUCUGUUUCUUUAGCUUUACUCCAGAGACAUUUGAUUUUUUUCCCCCUUCAUUAUUACAAUAAAUUGUGAGUUUUG